AUGGAUAGAGUAGGCAGAAGAGCUUACAUGGAAUACCUUGCUAAACAACCAGAAGAAGCAGCCGAAAAGGCAUUACAUUGGACUCCAGAAGGAAAGCGUAAGCGAGGAAGACCAACAAACACAUUAAGACGGACUAUAGAAAGAGAACUGAAGACCAUGAAUAAAACAGAAGAAAAGAUAACAGAAGACAGACAGAAAUGGAGAACCUAUGUUGCUGCCUUACAUGCCGAUGGCAUACAGGGCAUUAUCAAAUUAAGUUUGUUUAACAUGUGUAGGGUACUGCGUGAUGAGCUUCGUUGUAAAUCAUUUGGAUUUAGUCACAUCUCACCUCAACUGUUUGUUCUAUCACAGUGUGGACCUAAGAUCCUUUAUCCGAUUUGGACAACGUUUUGGCUGGUUUACCAUUUAGUCUGGUUUGGUCUAGAACCAUACUUUGUAUUGACAGCAGAACAAGAGCCAAGUGAUUAUUUUAUUUAUUUUACAAACUGGGGAUAUGUUUUACUUGGAUUGUCCAACUUGACUGAUUGUAUCGUUACUUGGUAUGUCUACUGUAGAAGGAAGGACAUAUUCGAAAACGUUAAAGGUGAGAUUGGUAUGCCAUGGUACAUACAGUUAGUGUGGUUUUUGUUUGAGACGAGUAAUGGUAUAGCCCUUAGUGUAACCGUGGGAUUCUUCAGCACGCUUGAAAUUUCUACGCAUCCAGCAAGCAUCGAGUUCCACGCCAUCAAUUCUGUCUACGUCAUCAUGAACUUGUUUGUAUGCGCAAAAGUGAUAAAUCUAUUGCACGUGAUAUAUCCCAUGAUAUUCGGCAUUGUGUUCGUCACUUUUACAAUAAUAUAUCAACUAGGAUUUGACAAGGAACAAAUAUAUCCUAUACUAGACUGGACUGAGAUAUAUCCUACAGCCGUUACUGUUGCAGUAUUGAUUUUUGUUGGAAUUCCAAUUCUACAUCUGGUUCUAUUUGGAUUAUACAAACUGCGCAUCUUCAUCACAAGAAACUGUUGCCAUAACGAUCAAGUAGAAAACAGCGUUGAGAUCGAUAAUGUUUAUGAUAGUCAAAGAAAAAGAGACGAAAAUGUUUGAAAAACAAUCACACAAGAUUAUCUUUACCCCGUCGUUCAUAAAAAAAGACACCAAAACAAAAAAUACAUCAAAAGUAUUGCA